CACCACAACACAGACUGUACAGAGUAACUAUUAUAGUCAGGUCUGGUUUUUAUAAGUUUGAUGAAGUGGGAAUAUAUAGCGUAAAUUACUUUGUGUCACUUUAAUUACUUUUUUAUUAAUUGUUUGACUUCUCACAUCACAGUACUUUGCCGCUCCACAGCGUUUCCUGUCGGUUUGAGCUGUCACUGAUGUCCGACAAAAAAGAAAUAGAUUCUUCAAACACUCAAGGGGAAGAACCUUUGAAAGUGAACUAUAUUUUUCCAAAUGGGGACAGAUAUGAGGGGGAGUGCAGCAGAUCUGAAUCAGGGGUGAUAACAAGGAGAGGUUCUGGUAAACACACCUCAGUAAAUGGUGUUAUAUACACUGGAGGGUGGCAUGAGGACAAAAUGAAUGGCAGAGGGACCCUGCAGCAUCCCUCCGGAGCAAAGUAUGAAGGAGAGUUCAAAGACAACAUGUACCACGGCACAGGAACAUAUACCUUCCUGGAUGGCUCCAUUUACACAGGUCACUUUAACAAGAACAGGUUGGAGGGAGAAGGUGCGUUCACUAACACGCAGGGACUGGUGUGGAUGGGAGAGUUUCACGGCAAAGCAGCACUGGGUCUGAAAAUGCAGCACAGCAUAUAA